AAUUUGGCACUAGUGUAACAAGAAGGAGAAAGAGAGAAGCAGACCAAGCGAAGACAAAAAAAAUCCCCAGGUUACUGAUAAGCGACGUAAACAUACAGUGAUAAAUGAUGAAUCAACAAAUUUGGAGCAGAUUAUCUUAGAAAAUCGGAUUGUUUUAUUGGCCAACUUGAAAACAAGAAACGACCUGCAUAGUUACCUUUCAGCCAGCGGAAUGUCGUCGUGGGAAUUCUCCUGGACGGACGUGUGCCCGUCCGGGUUGCGCCCCUGGGUCAAGGACUACAACGAUUUGGCGCCGUGCUUCCAGGAGAUCUGCCUGCAGCUGCCGAUGCUGGUGCUGUUCGCGGUACUGUCCUCGUACUACUACGGAUCGCACUUCCGGUUGGUGUUCCGCAACGGGGUUCAGCGACGAUCGAUCCGGGUGCGUAUUGCCGCUUCCAUCGCGCUGGGACUGAUUCCGGUUUUGAAGAUAUUCUAUGUGCUGCGGGUGCACGGGAAGAUCUAUCCGAUCGAUGUGCUGCUGUCGUGCGUGCAGUUUGUGGCCUGGACGGUUCACGUCGGGUUCCUGACCAGUUCGCUGAAGUGCGGUUCGUUGAGCCAUCGGGGACCACUGGCGAUCAUUGUGCUGUGGACGUCGCUGCUGGCACUGACCGGGAUCUGGGUCCACACCAAUAUCAAUUCGGAUUACUGGCUGUGGUAUGUGGCCGAUUUGGUAAUCUUCAUAAGCUACGGAUCGACGCUGAUUGCGCCGGGGAAUGCCCAUUAUAUAAGACCACAGAGAACGGCGGACGAAGAACGGCAAGCGCUUCUGUCGCACACCUACACCCGGUUCCUGGAGGACAUUGACGAAUCGGCUUUGGGUCCGAUCCAAGACGAUGCCAAUUUCUUCUCCAAAAUUGUUUUCUACUGGGUGCGACCGCUUAUUGCCAAAGGAGUGGCCGGGAAGCUGCGUAAGAACGAUGACCUUUUCGAUCUGCCGGACUGCCUCAACAUGAACCAAGUAGUGGAGAAGCUCCAGCAUCAGCUCGAUGCCGUUGGGUCCCUUUUCAAGGCACUGCACCGAAGCUUCGGGUGGGAAUUCUACCUGAUUGGGUUACUGCGGUUGUUGGCCGAUCUGUCCGGAUUUGCCGGACCGGUACUGCUCGGUGGGCUUCUUCGUAGCGAAAACUUCAACGGAAAUGGAACCGAGUCACAAAUGGUGAAAGAUUGUGACAAUUGCAAUGCCAUCGAUUUCCGCCCCUACUACUACGCACUGGGACUGCUCCUAACAACUCUGGUCAGUUGCUUCGCUGGUGUGCACUUCAACUGGCGAAUGACCCUGGUGAGCACCAAAAUGCGUAUGAGUCUGGUGACUGCCAUAUAUCGGAAGUCGCUCGUGGCCAAGGGCCUCCAAAGUGCCCGACCGGAAAUACUGAAUCUCAUGUCAACGGACACGGAUCGGAUCGUGAACUCCUGCAUCAGCUUCCACUCGUUUUGGAGCAUUCCGUUCCAGUUGUUCACUACGUUGUACCUUCUGUACACCCAACUUGGGCUGGCGUUCCUCGCUGGAGUGACCUUCGCCGUAAUCCUGAUCCCGAUCAACCGGAAAAUAGCGAUGAAAAUCGGUCAACUCUCGCAAGGUCUGAUGACGGCCAAGGACGGCCGUAUAGCCAUCACGACGGAAACCAUCUCCGGCGCGAAGCACAUCAAGAUGAACGCCUGGGAGGACGUUUUCAUCGGGAAGAUCGAACAGGUUCGGCGCGAAGAGGUUGGCUAUCUGUCCCGGCGGAAGUACCUGGACGCGUUGUGUGUCUACUUCUGGGCCACCACUCCGGUGCUGAUGUGCGUGCUGACUUUCGGGACUUCGGUCCUGCUGGGGAGCACUCUUACGGCGGCAACGACCUACACCAGCGUGGCGUUGCUGAACAUGCUGAUUGGGCCGUUGAACGCAUUUCCCUGGGUGCUGAACGGGCUCGCCGAGGCGUGGGUGUCGCUGAAGAGAGUACAGGAGCUGAUCGAUCUUCCCAACAUCAACCUAGCCGAAUACUACAAACCACUGCACCAGACGGAGACAGCGUUCUCCGGAGCCUCACGUCGACCGGUUGUAAUUGCCAUCAAAGACGGCCACUUCCAGUUUGAGGUGCAACGAAGCCGACAGGAACUCGGUCUCAUCCAGGAGGACAUUGUGGACUUCCGCUUCCACAAUCUGAACCUUCAAAUCCGCCAGGGAGAGCUGGUGUGCUUGGAAGGUCCUGUGGGAGCUGGGAAGACAUCGCUGUUGGAAGUGAUCCUGGCGAAUUUCAAAUGCACCCAGGGUGUGGUGGCCAUUUCGAAUGUGGACGAAGGAUUUGGCUAUGUGGCCCAGUCGGCGUGGCUCCAACGGGGGACGAUUCGGGAGAACAUUCUGUGGGGAGAAAUGUACGACGACGCCCGGUACAAGGCGGUGAUCCAUGCUUGUGCCUUGAGUUACGAUCUGAACUUGCUGAAGGGGGACAGUACCGGAGUGGGAGAACAGGGCCGGACCCUGUCGGGUGGACAGAGGGCUCGAAUUGCCCUCGCGAGAGCCAUCUAUCAAAAUAAGGAAAUUUACCUGUUGGAUGACAUCCUAUCGGCGCUGGAUGCCCACGUGGCUUCGCACAUUGUACGGCACUGUAUCUUUGGGUUGCUCAAGGAUAAAACCCGAAUCAUCGUGAGUCAACAUCCGGUGGUGAUGAGCCGCGCCAACCAGAUUCUUCACGUGGAAAACGGGGUAGUUAGUCAGAGCGACAUCACCGCUUCCGGAUCGAUGAUAAGCGAUCUGGAGGACGAAGGGGAAGAUUUGUCACCGACGGUGACCUUAGAGUACGAGCCACACAACACUCCACCCAAGGACGAGGACAGCCACAGCCUGGACAGCGUGAUGGCCGAGGAAAGUCGAGAAUUUGGCCAUUUGGAUAGAAACGUGCUGGGGUCCUAUUGGCGAGCUACCGGGCGUUCGCUUGGAUUCUGGGUAAUUGUUUCGGUGCUGCUGAUGCAGGUGUCUCGGAAUCUGUCCGACGCUUGGUUGGCCUACUGGGUGGGAGCGUCCAAUCCGGGUCCAGUGCCGUCCAACAAUGGCACUUCCAACGGGACGACGGUGGAUUUUUGGAACGUGGGAUCACUGGACAGUUUCUUCAGUAUGGUGAAAGAUUUCGUGUCCUCGUGGGUGCGAGGAGUGGACCACGGUUCACUGUUUGCGGAGGAGUUGCAGCAGGAAGAGGCACUGCAGAUGGACAACAAGACACUAACGCUGUACUAUCUGGGGAUUUACAGUGGACUGGCAGUUGGCAAUUCUUUCAUCACGUUGGUUCGAGCGUUUCUGUUCGCGUAUGCUGGCAUUAAGGCGGCCAAAUGCAUCCACGACAAACUGUUGAACAGUGUGGUUUAUACCAAGUUCCAAUUCUUCGACGUGGCGCCGCUGGGACGCAUCCUGAAUCGCUUUUCGUCCGAUGUGUACACGAUCGACGAUUCGUUGCCGUUUAUCCUGAACAUCUUGCUGGCUCAGUUCUUUGGCCUGAUGGGUGCCCUCGCGAUCAGUCUGUACGCUAUGCCUUGGCUUGGGCUGCUCAUCGUACCACUGUGCCCAAUCUACCUGACACUACAGAAUCAGUACCGGUACGCCUCUAGGGAUAUCAAACGGUUGUCCAGCAAUGCCUUGUCGCCGUUGUACGCCCACUUUACCGAGACUCUGCAGGGAAUGGCCACGAUCCGGGCGAUGCGCGGAGAAGGUCGUUUCAAGAAGAACUUUCUGUUCAAGUUGGAAGAGAGUGUUAAGGCCCAGUUGUCAUCGUCCGCGGCACAACAGUGGCUCGGGCUAAGGCUACAGCUUUUGGGGGCGUUUCUGGUUGGAGGAGCUGGGCUGUUGGCUGCCAUCACUUCAGCUCAUCUGACGUCACCGGAAAUGGUCGGUUUGACUAUUUCCUACGCCUUGUCGAUUACGGGGCUGUUGUCUGGGCUGCUGAAUGCGGUCUCCGAGACGGAACAGGAGUUCGUCGCCGUCGAAAGGGUGAACCAAUACUGUGAGCUGGAAAAAGAAAUCAACUACGACGGAUCGGUGGAUCCACCCUUCGGAUGGCCUUACCAGGGAGUGGUUAUCUUUGAUAAUGUCUGCCUCAAGUAUCGUGAACGCCUGCCUUUAGCGUUAAGAGGUGUUUCGAUGCACAUCACUUCCUGCGAGAGGAUCGGAGUUGUCGGAAGAACCGGAGCAGGUAAGAGUUCUGUUUUAGCAUCCAUAAUGAGAGUAGCUCCCCUCGAGACGGGGACCAUCACAGUCGAUUGCGUCAACAUUGCUACACUUCCACUGGAUGUGUUGCGAAGUCGAAUAGCCGUAGUGUCUCAAGAUCCGUUCCUAUUCAAUGGAACCAUCCGGGAGAAUCUCGAUCCCCGUGGAUUACACCUGGACUCUGAGAUUUGGGAGGCCAUCACUUGCUGCCUGGCGAGUCCUUUGGUGCAAGCCCUCGGGGGUAUCAAUGCCAAACUGGACCCCAGUGGAUCCAACCUGUCUGCCGGUCAGAAACAACUUCUAUGCCUCACGCGAGCGCUACUUAAAAAGUCCAAAAUCGUCCUCAUCGACGAGGGAACCGCAAACCUGGACUACGAAGCGGAAUCCGCCAUCCAGCUUGUGCUGAAAAAUGCCUUCCGUGGAAGAACCGUUAUCCUAAUUGCUCACCGACUGAACGGGCUGCAAAACACGGAUCGGAUAAUUGUGAUGAAAGACGGCGAAAUUGCCGAACAGGGAACGCCCCGAGAACUUGCCCACAACGAGGAAUCGUUGUUCCACUCGAUGCUGCAGGAGCAGCAAAAUACAACCUUCGCCAGGUUGUAAUCCUAGUCCUCUAGAAUAGCGGAAGUAUCCUCGUACUGAAAUGUUUGCUCAUUGUUACAGCAGCAGCACGUAUUUGCGCCUUAGGCUUUUGUCUUUUAUGAAAAACCCUGAUUUGUUCCUUAAACUGCUUUUAAGUUCGAAACAAAUCCACUCAGAAAGUAAUUAUAGUUUUACUUCUUGAUAAAAAAAAGCAAUUUUUUAGUUCUGAAGAAUAAAUUAUCAUACGAA